GUGGGGGCGGCGGCGCCCUAUGAAAGGGCGGCGGGGCUGCAGCGGCGGCGCCAGUCGGCGGCGGGUGGGUCCGGUUGGCGCCUGCGUCCUGUCGGGCCGCGUGUCGGAUGAAGAGCGUGUGGUCUCCCCUUCCCUCGCCAUGGAGCCCUUCCCAGCCCUGACCUUCCAGAGCCACAGGAACUCUAGGAAAGCGAUUCUCAUAUGCACUGUAUAGCAGGAACUCUGCUCCCCAUCCAGCUUAUUUAGUUUAUUUAAUUUUAUAACGUUAUUUAUUAUAGCCUUUUCAUACCUCAUACUUUGUUUACAUAUCCGAGUUGAAAGUUCCUGUUAAUCUGAAACCACUAAAGGUAGAAUCAUGGAGAUAACCUGUGUUGCACCCACAGCUGUCAAGGAGCUGCUGCUGAGCACUGUGGAGACCAUGGUCUCGGCUCCCAUGACAGGCUUCCUCUGGAUGUUGAUAUUGGGCUUUGUCAUUGCCUUCAUCUUGGCAUUCUCUGUGGGUGCCAAUGAUGUGGCAAACUCCUUUGGAACCGCGGUUGGGUCGGGCGUAGUGACUCUACGGCAAGCGUGCAUCUUGGCGAGCAUCUUUGAGACGGUGGGCUCCGUCCUGCUGGGAGCCAAAGUGAGCGAGACCAUCCGGAAGGGGCUGAUCGAUGUGGAGAUGUACAACUCUACGCAGGAGCUGUUAAUGGCUGGGUCAAUCAGUGCCAUGUUCGGAUCAGCUGUGUGGCAGCUAGUGGCUUCAUUCUUGAAGCUUCCUAUUUCUGGUACCCAUUGUAUUGUUGGAGCAACGAUUGGCUUUUCGCUAGUGGCCCAAGGGCAAGAAGGUGUCAAGUGGUCAGAGCUGCUUAAAAUUGUGUUGUCCUGGUUCAUCUCACCCCUCCUUUCUGGCAUCAUGUCUGCUAUCCUGUUCUUCCUUGUCCGUAGGUUCAUCCUUUGUAAGGCUGAUCCUGUUCCCAAUGGCUUGCGAGCUUUGCCGAUCUUCUAUGCCUGUACCGUGGGGAUCAACCUCUUCUCCAUCAUGUAUACUGGUGCGCCUUUGCUGGGCUUUGACAAACUUCCUCUCUGGGGUAUCCUCCUAAUUUCGGCGGGGAGUGCUGUUGUCUGUGCUCUCGUCGUCUGGUUCUUUGUAUGUCCAAGAAUGAAGAAGAAAAUCGAACGAGAGAUCAAAUCGAGUCCUUCAGAAAGCCCCCUGAUGGAGAAGACCAGCAGUUUGAAGGAAGAUCACGAGGAGCCCAAAGUGCCAUUGGGCAACAGCAUGGGCGAUGCCAAGAACCCCGUUGCUGACGUGGUGUCAGCCGUGCCGCACCGGGUGGUUGUGGAGGAGAGGACUGUCUCCUUCAACCUGGGAGACUUGGAGGAGGCCCCGGAGCGCGAGAGGCUCCCCAGCAUUGACCUGAAGGAAACCAACAUUGACAGUGCAGGAGCUGUGCAGCUGCCCAACGGCAACCUUGUGCAGUUCAACCAGGCCGUGAGCCACCACAUCAACUCCAGCGGGCAGUACCAGUACCACACCGUGCACAAGGACUCCGGCCUCUACAAGGAGCUGCUGCACAAACUGCACCUUGCCAAAAUGGGGGACUGCAUGGGUGACUCGGGUGACAAGCCGCUGCGGCGCAACAACAGUUACACCUCCUACACCAUGGCCAUCUGCGGCAUGCCCCUGGACUCCUUCCGGGCCAAGGAGGGCGAGCCCAAGGGGGAGGAGAUGGAGAAGCUCACCUGGCCUGCUGCUGACACGAAGAAGAGGGUCCGCAUGGACAGCUACACCAGCUACUGCAAUGCGGUGGCGGACGCCCACCCGGCCGCUGAUGUGGAUGUGAAUGCAGCCCAGGUGGAGAUGGGUGUCAGUGACAGGAAGUGCAGCAAUAACUCCCUGGAAGAGUGGAACGACCAGGACAAACCGGAGGUGUCCCUCCUCUUCCAGUUCCUGCAGAUCCUGACGGCCUGCUUUGGCUCUUUUGCUCACGGUGGCAAUGAUGUCAGCAAUGCCAUAGGCCCUCUGGUCGCGCUCUACCUUGUCUACCAGACGGGCGAUGUGGCUACAAAGGUGGCGACUCCCAUCUGGCUGCUGCUCUACGGAGGCGCUGGCAUCUGCAUUGGCUUGUGGGUCUGGGGAAGGCGGGUCAUUCAGACGAUGGGGAAGGACCUGACUCCCAUCACGCCAUCGAGCGGCUUCAGCAUCGAGCUGGCGUCUGCCCUGACGGUGGUGAUCGCCUCCAACGUCGGCCUCCCCAUCAGCACCACCCACUGCAAGGUGGGCUCCGUCGUCUCCGUGGGCUGGCUGCGCUCCAGGAAGGCGGUCGACUGGCGCCUCUUCCGCAACAUCUUCAUGGCCUGGUUCGUCACGGUCCCCAUCUCGGGCCUCAUCAGCGCCGCCAUCAUGGCGGUGUUCAAGUACGGUGUCCUGGGAGCGUGAGGGCCCGGCUGCCGCCCGCCGUGGGGGCCUCGCCGCUCGCGCUCCCCCUGCUUUCACGCUAAUGAUUGUCUCGACUAGCUGCAAGACAGCCGGGGCGGACUCUUCCCCGCGCAGGCUGUGAAUUACUGUAGGUUUCUGUCUUUUUUUUUUUUUAUUUUUAUUGGGCUUUCCCCAAUCCUGUCUAGUGUUGUCACUGAAGUAAUUAUUUUUUUUGGACUUUGGCCCUAAGUUUCUAGCUGCGGUGGGUGCAGCAGUAAGCCUGUGCUCGCCCCAGAGGGGUGACUAUCCUGCUGCUGUGUAGCUUUAGAUUAGCAGUGGGGGGAGGCCACUUUAUUUUUUUUUUUUAACUCUUAAUGACUUAAUUAAGAUCCUCUUGCUGUGAUUCCUCCUAGUGUAAGGAUGGGGGCUGGUUCUUGCCCUGCGCAGGGGCCUGGUCCCCCCCCCGGCAAGCGGGCUGUCACGUGUUCAGCUUUGCCUCCAUCGCCGUAGUGUGGUGCAAACAAGAGAAGCUGCAGUACCAUCACGCUCUUGGCUCUUGUCGUGUCUUUUUUUUUUGGGGGGGGGGCCAGCCCCAGGGUCCCCCAUGCCCCCCUAUGACCCCCCAGCCCUUGCUCACUGCUGCUACCUCGGACUCAAUAAAGACUUUGUUCUUAGGGCA